AUGGCAGCAAAAGCUAAUUAAAAAAGCAAGGUUAAUACUACUUGGAUGGUUCCAGAUACUCCAGCUUGGAUAGAAGUUGGAAAGGAAGAACCAGAGACGAAGAAAGUUUUUAUGAAAGCGACAAUUAUUGAUAUAAAUAAGGAUAAAACAUAAGUAAAAUUAACAAAAAAAGAAGAUAAUGAGGCUAUUCCUGAUGAAGUAAGUGUCGAGAAGGUAUAUCAAGUAAAUUAAUUGCCUGAAACCGGAUUUUCGGAUAUGGUAAGAAUGGAUAACCUGAAUGAAGCAGAAAUUAUAAACAAUUUGGAAUUAAGAUAUUCUAAAGAUAUUAUUUAUACUUAUAUUGGGCCAACAUUAAUCGUGAUGAAUCCAUAUAAAUAUAUAGAAAGUGCUAUGAGCGAACAACUUUUACUUAUGUAUUAAAAUGAGCUUAUUAGUAAAGGAUUUAUUGAUUAAAGGGAAACUCCUCCUCAUACAUAUGCAGUAGCUGGAUAAGCUUUUAGUAAACUGUUUGAGAAUAUGAAAAAUCAAGCAAUAGUAAUUAGUGGAGAGUCAGGUGCAGGAAAAACAGAAAAUGCAAAAUUAGCGAUGAAAUUUUUAACUACAAUGAGUCAUCAUGAUUCAAAUACAGUGAUUAGGAUUUCAAAAGGAGAGUCUUCCAUAGAAGAUAAAAUAUUGAGUUGUAAUCCUAUCCUAGAAGCGUUUGGAAAUGCUAAAACUGUUAGAAAUGACAAUUCAAGUAGAUUUGGUAAAUAUGUCAGUAUCUUAGUUGAUAAAAAGUCGCAUAAAAUUCAGGGAGCUUCCAUAACUAAUUACUUACUUGAAAAAAGUAGAGUUACUGUUUAGGGAUAAAAUGAAAGAAAUUAUCAUAUUUUCUACCACUUACUCAAGGGUUGUUCUGCUGCUGACAAGAAAAAAUUAGGUUUAGUGGAUCCAAACAAUGGAUUACCUUUUGAUCCAGAACAAUUUUAAUAUUUAAAAGAUGGCGGAUGCUAUGAAGUUAGCACAAUUGAUGAUUAUGCACUAUACAAUGAAGUUUAAGAUUCUUUUACUAGGAUGAAUUUUUCUUAACACGAGAGAAACACUAUUUGGAGGAUUUUGUGUGCUAUUUUACUUUUGGGAAACAUCAGAUUUGAUAAAACAACUCUCACUGAUUCAAAGCCCUGCAGUAUUAUUGGGAUUGACUUCUCUAAAAAAGUAGCAGAUUUACUUGAUAUGUAAUAUAAUAUAUUGGAGAGAUGUCUUCUUAUUAAAAGGCGUAAAGUUGGUAAUGAUAUUACUGAGUCACCACUUAAUGAAUAAGAUAUUUAUGCAAAUAGAGAUAGCUUGGCUAGAACUUUAUAUGAUAACCUUUUUACAUGGUUAGUUAAGAGAUUAAAUCUUACUGUUCUCCCAUCAGAAUUGUCUGAAAAAUAGCUUCAAGAAUAAUGUCUCUCAAUAGGAUUACUCGAUAUUUUUGGUUUCGAAGUGUUUAAAGUGAACAGUUUUGAGCAAUUGUGCAUCAAUUAUACUAAUGAGAAGCUAUAGCAGCUAUAUAUUUCUUACGUCUUCAAAUCCGAAGAGUAGGAGUUUAUCAAUGAGGGACUAAAAGAUCAUAUUGGAUAGCUAAGCUACACUGAUAAUUAAGAAGUUAUUGAUUUGAUGGAUAAAUAUCCGAAAGGUAUAUUUGAUCUCCUUGAUGAGAGCUCCUCUCUCGGAUCUUCGACUGACUAGCAACUAUUUUAAAAAAUAUGUUCUACCCAUAAAUCUUCUCAAUUCUUUAUCCUUAAUAAGUCAAGCGCAGAUUCUUUUGUAAUCAAGCACACAGCUAAAAAUGUUGAGUAUUGCAUAAAUAAUUUUAGAACAAAAAAUAAAGCUGAAAUUAGCUAAGAUAUUAUUGAUACUGUACUGUCAUCAACUAAUGAGUUACUUGGAGAUAUAUUUUUAGGUCUUGUUGGUGAAGAGGUUAAACAAAAAUAAUUUAUUAUUAGUUAGCCUAAAAAGCCUUCAAAAAAUGAUAAAUUUUUAGGAGCAAAGUUCAGAUUUUAAAUGAAGUAGCUUAUGGAUGAAUUGAUGAAUGCUGAUUGUCAUUUUAUUAGAUGCAUUAAACCAAACGAAGUUAAGAAAAAAGAUUACUUUUUACAAGGAUAUGCUUUUAUAUAAAUAAGAUAUUUAGGUGUCCUAGAAGCUAUUUAUGUUAGAAAAGAAGGAUUUCCUUAUAGAAAAAAUUUUAAAGACUUGUACACUUAAUAUGGAGAUAUGGUCAAAAAAUUUAGAGGAGUUUCUCUGAAGAAAUAAAUAGAAUAGAAAGCUAACUUUAAUUAAAUAAGUGAAGAUAUAAUAGCUUAGCUUUUGCCAAACGUAGAUAAGAAGAAAUUACUUUAUGGUAAGACUAAGAUUUUUACUAAGGAUGAUGUUGGUAGAGAAUUAGAUGAAUUACUUCACGUGUGGUUCCAAAAGAAAAAUGAUUUUGCUAAGCACAUUCAACACUAAUUUAAAGUUUUUAAGUUUAAAAAAAAUAUUCUGGCAAAUUUGAAGAGAUUAUCUAAAAUUGUUAAAUGCUUCAGACGCUUAGCUGCGAUGUAUAAAAUGAAAAAGCAAAGAAAGAAAUUCUUAUGCAUGAAGGCAUCUGUGUUUAGAGUCAAAGUUAUUAGAGUAAAAUUAUUUAAGAAAAUGGCUUUUGGAAUUUGGAAAGAUUUGAUAAUUGAAUAACUGAGAAAAGAAAGAAAGAAAAAGAGCUUAGCUUUAAUGAUGAAAUUAUUUGACUAUCAUAUUAAGAAGAAAAACUUUAAUAACUACAAGGCUAAAGUAUAAUCAAAGAAAAAGUAAAUUUAGGAUUAGCUUGAAAGAGAAGCAGAGAUUAAAUAAAAAUAGUUAUAAGAGCAAUAAAGGUUGGAAAAGAAAAAGAGAGAAUAAGAAGAAAAGCAAUAAAUAUAACUCUAGCAAUAUCAGACUCAAGGAAUGGAAAUGUGUGUCAGUCCUGAUACUACAAAAGAAAUGACUAUGAACACUGAAAACUCUAAUGAAUAUUCAAAUGAAAAAAAAUCUAAUGAGGAAAACUCAUUCUAGAUGGAUUCUCUAAAUUAAUCAUUAAAUAUGUCAUUUGUUGACUAAAUUCCUAAUCACGAUAAAAUGAUCCAUGAAAAUCUAAAAAGAGGUACACUAGCUCAUCGAAUGACUAAUUUAAUUAACCAGAAGAAAAUAGACCAAAGAAAUAUGCAAUCAAGUGAUACUUUUGAUGAUGACAAUGACGAUAAAGAAACUUCCGUUAUUGACAACUAUCUAAACCCAGAAUAAACACCUGAAGAAUUAUAAGGAUAAGUUAACAUUGACAAAGUUUAUCUUUCACAAGACUGCAUGUUCAAUAUAUAAAAUAUACAAGAAUCUCUUAAAUAAAGAAUAUUAGAAAACGACUACAUCCAAUUUUGUAAAGACAUUUACAAAAAGAGAAGUAGUUGGGGAAGGACUAUUCCUUUUGAAAAGUAGGGUUUCCAUUAAAAAGAACCUCUGAAAAAGCCUUUAACCAAUAUAUCACCUCUCUUAGAACCAAUUGCAAUAAAAGCAUUCACGAGAAUACUAAAAUAUUCAGAAGUUCUAAAAUCUAAAAGAGAUUCAAGGAUGCAAGCUUAUAAGCUUUUAGAAUUGUGCUUUGAUUAAGAUAGCUCUCUGCAAGAUGAGGUUUUCUUAUAAAUUGCUAAACAAUUGCAAACUGAUGAUCUAAGCUUAAAGAAAAAAUACUAUUCGUUAAUGGCUAUUUAUUCUAGCUUCAUUAGUACUAGCUCAAACACUAUAUAUCCCCUAUUAAACUGCUUCUAUAAUUUAACAUUAACUGAGAAAGAUGAAAUUAAUAAAUAAAGAUGUAAAUUUAUUUUCACAAGAAUAAGAAAAUGCUUUUAAUCUCCAAGAGUUUACUUGCCUACUAAACAAGAAAUAUAAAUGAUUGAAAACAGAAAGAGUAUUAUGGUUCCUAUUUAUAUUUAUAUUAAUCGCUGUAUUUUUAUUGCUGUAGAAAGCUAUACUGAUAUUAGUAGCGCUAUUAGUUUUGCAUUAAGAGAAUUAGAAAUAGAAACAAAUUAGCGAAACUACUGCCUGAUUGAAUAAAUUACUAUUGAGAAUUUAGACUCAUAAGAUGAGAAUAAUAAAGUAAUAAUUGAAGAGAAUAUUUUAGGAGAUGACGAAAAAAUUAUGGAUAUUUAUAGCUGUUGGGAGAAUGAAAAAGACUUAAUUAAAAAGAAAAAAUUAAAGCAAAGCUUUUCUGCAAAAAUUAUAUUUAAAAUAAAAAACUUUUUUAAAUUCAAUAAAUACGACAUAGAUUCAAUAUUCAUGUAUUUCGCUCACUGCUGUUAAGAUUAUUUAAAUGGCAGAUUUGUUUUGUAAGAUAAUGUAAUUGUUAGAUUGGCUUUACUUAAGCUCAUUAAUGAUUAUAACAGUAUCUAAGAGGCUUAAAAAAUCCUUAAAAACGUUAAACUGAAACUUCAUGAAUAUAUUCCUAUCAACGAAAAGUCUGAGUCUUUGAUAAAUAACUGGCAAACUGCUGCACUUUCACUUUGCAAUAAGAUACCUUAAUGUGAUUCUUCUUAAGCUAGGACUCUAUUUUUAAAUACACUUAAAAAGCAUAGCUUUCUUUUUAUGUCUCACCAAUUUGAAUGUCAUUUUUACACAUCAGAUUCUUAUUAAAGAAAUUCCUUUGCUUAAAAUAGCACAGUAGAAGAAGCUAUAGUUGCAAUUAAGCCUUUUGAAAUUCUAAUUUUAGAAAAGUAAUCUAAAGACAUAAUUGACUAAUUUAAAUUGAGUGAAAUUGUUAAAUUUGGAAAACAAUCUUAAAAUAGAAUAACUAUUAUUUUAGGAGAUACAAAAACAUUCCAUUUUCAAUUAAAAGAUGCUGACCCAUAUAUUUAAAUCAUUAAUUAAUAUAUUAAAAUGGCUCUAAGUCCUGUGUGA